AUGUCAGUGUAUUUUAGGUGCGACGUGAGAGAUGUCUGUGUUGUGAAAUGAAAGACAAUAUUUUCUUUUUCCACAAUGUCUUUUAUACCUUUAACUUUAGUGUGAUAUUAGUUUUACUACGCAAUAUAUAUGUUUCAAAGCAUAUACAAUACUAAUGUAUUUAUGCAUCAUUGAGUUUCAAAGUUGCAUAGACGAUUAACUUAUAUAUUUUUAUUGAAUGAAAUAGAGACUCAAAAUGGCGCAUAAUAUGCCUCCUUCCGUGAAUUGUUCUUUGGACGAUAUCGACUUAACAGCCCUCAAAGAUCCUGCUGGAAUUUUUGAACUUAUUGAAGUUGUUGGAAAUGGAACCUAUGGGCAGGUUUACAAGGGUCGGCACACUAAGACUGGUCAACUUGCUGCUAUUAAAGUUAUGGAUGUUACUGAAGAUGAAGAGGAAGAAAUUAAAUUGGAAAUUAAUGUUCUUAAAAGGUACUCAAAUCAUAGAAACAUAGCUACAUACUAUGGUGCUUUUAUAAAAAAAUCACCACCAGGAAAAGAUGACCAACUUUGGCUUGUUAUGGAAUAUUGUGGUGCAGGGUCUGUUACUGAUUUAGUAAAAUCUACCAAAGGCCAAAGUUUGAAAGAAGAGUGGAUAGCAUAUAUAUGCCGAGAAAUAUUAAGAGGACUGUCAUAUCUACAUAACAACAAAGUAAUUCAUCGCGAUAUCAAAGGACAAAAUGUCCUAUUAACUGACAAUGCAGAAGUAAAAUUAGUGGAUUUUGGCGUAUCCGCUCAAUUGGAUCGAACUAUUGGUAGAAGAAAUACAUUUAUUGGAACUCCAUACUGGAUGGCUCCAGAAGUCAUUGCAUGCGAUGAAAAUCCAGAUGCUACUUAUGACAAUCGUAGUGAUCUUUGGUCACUUGGAAUUACUGCCCUAGAAAUGGCAGAGAGUCAGCCGCCGCUUUGCGAAUUACACCCAAUGCGUGCUCUUUUCUUAAUUCCUCGUAAUGCUCCUCCUCGACUUAAAAGCAAGAAAUGGAAUAAAAAAUUUCAAAGUUUUAUUGAGACAGUAUUAGUGAAAGAUUAUCAUGAACGACCAUAUACAGAGCAUCUGUUAAAACAUGCUUUCAUUAAGGAUCAACCGACGGAGCGGCAAGUUCGAAUUCAAUUAAAAGAUCAUAUUGACCGCUGUAAGAAACGUAAACAGGAAAAAGAACGAGAAGAUUAUAGAUACUCGGGUUCAGAGAAUGAAGAAGAAGAGCCGGCUUUACCGGGAGAACCAAGUAGUAUUGUACAAGCGCCAGGUGGUGAUACUUUAAGGAGAAAUUUUCAACAAAUUCAAGAAGGCAGAACACUAGGCCAGGAACAGCCUCAUAGACGUAGUAAGGAUCGAGAUGAAAUUCCAGAACCUGGACCACCUGCCCGACCUCCCAUACCACAAAGAAUUAUUGUUGUUCCAGAUCCACCUCCGGCUCCUAGGAGCAUGAUUUCUAGGCCAUUGCCACCUCCUCCAGAGAGUGUUGUACCACGGCCUCAACAAUCGCAGCGUAAUUCACAAUCUUCUCAUAUGUUUAAACCUUUGCCACAGCAUCGUAAACCAGAAGAACUUGAUGCAUUAGCAGCACAUUUAAAUGAGUUGGGUGUACAACCGGAAGUGCCCCCUAGAAAUAAUCGUAAUAAACAAGCACAAUCAGCUGCUAAUAAUAAUGUUGCUACCCCUUCCAAUAAUCAUUCCGCGCAAGCAAGUGGACCUGUUGUUCUCGAAGCUCUUGUCGAUAGUGAUAGUGAUUCCGAACCUGAUGAUAAUGGUAGAGUCCGUAAUGAUGGAACAUUAUUGGCGAGUGAUCCCCCAAAACCUCUUCCUGAAUUUUCUUAUAGGCCCGGUUUAGGUGUUGUAGCAGAAGGCUCUACUAGUAGUUCUAUUCCAAGUACAACUGGUACUAGUAGUGCUCCAAACAGACCUUUGCCACCUACCCCAGAUGACGAAGAAUCGCAGGGAGAUAAAACUCUUGUAGUUAGAAAUAGGCAGCAGUUGGCAGCCAGUCGGGAACAACAAGAAAGGGCGUAUAGUAAAGAUGAUGAAAUAGACGAAGCAACGUUACUGAAAGAUUGGGACUUUGCGCGCUUUUUCCCUUCGACGUACAAGGAGCAGGAGUCAGCAGUUUCUUCGAAUUGUCAAUCAUCCAAAAUAGACGAAAGGUCCCCUCGUCAUCGUCGCAAUGAGAGUGAUUCGAAAAUCGGCCAAUUUGCUCGUACUUUUCGACGCGAAAAUUCCGAUUUUUUCCCUAUGUCUUCCCGGCAUUCUGCAGUGUUUGCAGAUAGGAAUAUUCUAUUGCGAUCUAGCGCCAUCUUCAGCAGUCGUCGUAGUUCAGAUGUUGGAUUAUCUAAUAGCAAUGGAGAGCCAGUUUUAACAGAUUUUAUGAAACGUGAUGCGACCAAGGGAGAGGCAACCUCAUUUAGAUUAUCUGAAAGGAAAGAGGUUUAUAGUAAUAUAGUAGGAAGUGAAGUGCAGAUACGUCCUAGACGUGAAAAAACUGAAUCAGAUAUAUUGAAGAAAUAUACAAUAGCUAGAAAAGGGUUGAGGGAAAAUAAAGAAAUCAGAAAUAAGGAAUUGUUACAUUUUACAAAUGAUCUGGAAAGUGAUCAAAGAGGUAGUACUCGAUCUUGUAACAUACAGAAUCUACAUUCUACAAGUGAUGAAUAUUUAAAUUUGCAGAAUGGUCGAGGUAGCAGUGAUCACGCAAGGCAAAGCAGUGUUCUCCCGGAUUUGUUAUCGCAAGCAAGUGGGAGUCCUGGCACUCCUUCAUCUCGAGAUAAAUCUCAAAGCGAGGAGUACCGGCAGGCCAUACACGUUACGCAAUCACCAAACAGAAACGCUACACCGAUAAAUAUAAAUUCGCUUGCCUUACAACAGAAACAACGUUCAUUCCUUACAUUUGGAUUUGGCGCUGGAAGCGGAAACUCUAGGAGAGAGUCUCACGUAAAUGUUAACGUGACACCGACGUCACAUGAUAUAACAUCUGAUACUCCCGAAAUAAGGAAGUAUAAGAAGCGCUUUAAUAGUGAUAUACUAUGUGCUGCUCUUUGGGGUGUAAAUUUGUUGAUUGGAACCGAACAUGGAUUGAUGUUAUUAGACCGUAGUGGACAAGGAAAGGUUUACCAGCUAAUAUCGAGAAGAAGAUUUCAACAAAUGGAAGUUUUAGAAGGGCAGAACAUUCUUGUCACAAUUUCUGGAAAAAAAAAUCGUGUUCGGGUUUAUUAUCUUAGUUGGCUCAAGAGCAAGAUACUUCGUACCGAUGGCGUAGUUGAUCAAGUGGAAAGGAGGAAUGGCUGGAUUAAUGUAGGCGACUUACAAGGGGCCGUGCACUUUAAAAUAGUCAAAUAUGAACGGAUAAAGUUUUUAGUUAUAGCUUUAAAAGAUAGUAUAGAGAUAUACGCUUGGGCUCCAAAACCAUAUCAUAAAUUUAUGGCUUUUAAAAGUUUUGCGGAAUUAGCUUAUAGACCACUAUUGGUUGAUUUAACCGUCGAAGAAGGAACAAGACUUAAGGUUAUUUACGGAAGCGGUGAUGGUUUCCAUGCUGUUGAUUUGGAUUCAGCUAGUGUUUACGACAUUUAUAUACCGAAACACAAUACAGUUGCUAUUUCUCCGCAUUGUAUAGUGACGCUACCUAAUAGCAAUGGAAUGCAACUUUUGCUAUGUUACGACAAUGAAGGUGUUUAUGUUAGUACAUAUGGUCGAAUAUCUAAGAACGUUUUACUACAGUGGGGUGAAAUGCCUACAUCAGUCGCUUAUAUCGGAACUGGUCAAAUCAUGGGUUGGGGCAAUAAGGCAAUUGAAAUAAGAUCAGUAGAGUCCGGUCAUUUAGAUGGAGUAUUUAUGCAUAAAAAAGCCCAAAGAUUAAAAUUUUUGUGUGAACGUAAUGAUAAAGUUUUUUUCUCUAGUGCUAAAAGUGGGUCAUCUUGUCAAAUAUAUUUUAUGACGUUAAAUAAACCAGGAAUGGCUAACUGGUAACAUAAAUCAAUAUUACGACAUUACUUUAAGUUUAAUAUUUUUUUACUAUAUUUUCAUUAGAUAGAUCAGAAACGGUUGGCUUGAACAUUUAUAUAAAUUAUAUUU